UCUCAGUCUUCUCGCGUUCUAUUGCAGUUGAGAGGGACUCUGUCACGCGCCCUUUGCCCCGCCAGCGAUCGCCGACUCAGCGGGCAGCCCAGCGGGCGUGAGGGUGGCUGAGCUGCUUCUUCGUUGCCAUGGCGACCGGACGGCCUUUCCAGCUGGUGGUCUUCGGGGCUUCGGGCUUCACCGGCCAGUUUGUGGUGGAGGAGGUGGCGCGGGUGGCGGCCGAGGAUGAGCUGCGGGGCUCCGUGCGCUGGGCUGUGGCCGGCAGGAACAAGGAGAAGCUGAAGGCGGUGGUGGAAAGGGCAGCCGAGAAGCUGGGGAAGGCAGAGCUGAAGUCAGAAGUUGAUAUAAUCCUAUGUGAUGUCAGUGAUCCAACAUCUCUUGCUGCUAUGGCUAAACAAGCAGCUAUUGUUCUGAACUGUGUAGGCCCUUACAGGUUUUUUGGAGAACCUGUAGUAAAAGCUUGCGUUGAGAAUGGUGCCAACUGUAUCGACAUUAGUGGAGAACCUCAGUUUCUGGAAGGAAUAUACCUGAAUUAUAAUGACAAGGCUGCAGAAAAAGGGGUGUAUAUUAUUGGAAGCUGUGGCUUUGAUUCUAUUCCAGCAGAUAUUGGAGUAUUGUACACCAGAAACAAUUUGAAAGGUACAUUAACUGCAGUGGAAAGUUUCCUGAAUGUAAAAUCUGGCCCUGAGGGUGCCUGUAUUCAUGAUGGAACCUGGAAGUCAGCUGUUUAUGGACUUGCGGAUCAGGAUAAUCUGAAGAAAAUCAGAAAACAAAUUGGACACAAACCUGUUCCAGUCACUGGAGCCAAACUGAAGAGAAGAGGUGCAUUGUUUUACAGUAAUGAAUUCUCUCAGUAUUGCAUUCCAUUCAUGGGAUCAGAUGUCUCUGUUGUAAAAAGAACUCAGCGCUAUUUACAAACACAUUGCCAGGAGUCACCUGUGCAGUAUGCUGCUUAUACAACCGUUGGAGGCAUUGGAACUGUAAUUAAAUUGAUGUUUGCUGGACUUUUAUUUUUAAUUCUUGUUAAGUUCAACUUCGGAAGAAAGCUUCUCUUAAAAUAUCCUGAGUUUUUCUCUGGAGGAUAUUUUACAAAGGAAGGGCCUACAGAAAAGCAGAUGGAAGGAUCGUCUUUUGAAAUGACCUUUUUGGGUGAGGGAUACAGUGAAGGACAAGAUCCACAAAAGGGCAAACCAAAUGUGAAAAUCUGUACUCAAGUGAAGGGCCCAGAGGCUGGUUAUGUUGCUACACCCAUAGCCAUGGUUCAGGCAGCUGUGGUACUUCUGAAGGACAAGAGUUCUCUUCCUAAACAAGGUGGUGUCUAUACGCCUGGAGCUGCAUUCUCCAAAACAAAGCUUAUUGAUAGACUCAACAACCAUGGAAUUGAAUUCUCUGUUAUUAGUCAGCCUGAAGCCUGAAAUAAAAUAAACGUUCCAAAGAGACUACACAACCAAGCAGCCUGUAUAUGGUACUUGUAUGCCAAAAAAGCUCAGUUAAGAAUGUUUGCUAAAUUUAAUAAAAUGCUGCAAAGUAAUUGUAUGUAAAUGUAAAAAUCUGUUUUAUAUUGUUGCUUGCAGUAGGUUUAAGGCUGGUUAUUACUAUUAGAAAUAUGUUUAAGGGAAAACUGCAAUGCAUUACUUCAUAACUUAGGGAUCUUUUAAUUAUAUUAGUACAUUUACUUAAUAUUACUUACAAACAAUGGGUAAUUCGGUUUAUUUCAAAACUGUUACUUUCCGUGGGAAUCAAACUAGCUACAAUGAUCUUAGGUGAGUUUUUAAUUGCUAGAAUUGUCAUUGUGAAUAUGUACACAUUUAACUGUAAGUGAAUCAAUUGUGCCUUAACUAAAGAGAAGAUCCAAGACCUUUUGAGGAGAGCAGCACUGUGCCUCAUAGGAAGAAUAUGGUGGCAUAUACAGUGUCUGAGCACUUCUUUACUCAUAGGACUCAAUUCAGCUAAAAUUACUAUAAAUCUGUUUGCUUAUGUCCACAGAAGAAUUAACUUUAACAAAAGGAAUGAGGUCUUGAUUUUUCCCCUUCAUUGCAGUAUUUUAGUAUCCAAGAAAGCAUCAUCAUAAUACUCAACUAUUUUAAUACUAGCUUUGCAACAUAGGUACUUUUAGCACAUCAUAUCAAUUGAAGCAUGGCAUUUCUUUAAUUGGUAAUCAGAGGACAAAAAAUGGCACUAAUGUGCAAAUUUUUGAAAGAUUUCUAGAGAGCUCUCUUUCCAUUCGCUCUCAUGUAAUGUAAUGAAAUACAGUUUUAGAUUGGCUUUGGUUCUGUAUAACUUGUGUAGCUUACUUAAGCCUACCCAUCAUGCAUAGCAUACUCUGUGCAAAAGAUAUUUUUCUUAGUGUUAGUGUAUAGAGAAAAGAUGGGAUGUAAUGACUACUUCAUAUCCAACUGUCAUUUUAUCUUGUCCGACAAAUACUUUGACAUUUUUGAAAGAAUAGGGGGCAUAAUGUCCCUUGAGAGGUGAGCAAGAUAUAGCUUAGUAAAAACCCCUCCCAAACCACUAACGCAGUACAGCAUGCCAGACAUUUAGAACCACGAACCCCAUAUUCCUUACAUGCUAUAAAUGACAGCAGGAAUAAUUUUAGCUUGGAUUUGUCUUUUGUAGUGAGUAAUGGUCAACACACAGCAGUGCACAUAUAUUCUCUCCUGUUAAUGCAUCUGAGCCUGCAGAAGGCAGUUAAUCACAGCUUUAGUCUGAAAUAAGUAUAUUUUCUUUUUUGAAAUCUUAUAAUAAAGCACAGUUUUAUUUGGUACAGUACAGUUGCUAAUACAACUUCAUUGCUUGCUGUUAGCUUGUCUCUCUCGUUUCUUUUUAAUUAUUAAAGCAACAUCAUUUUUCAGUUUACUUA